GGGAGCGCGAGAGAAGAGGUGAGUGUGUUCACUUAAAAAUAAUCAUAUAGGGUAGGUCUGCCGAAAUGGUCAUGGAUGCCGGGAAGGGGUUAGCGCCAUCGAGAUCUUGGGAAUAUCACGCCACUUGCGCGCAAAGGACUGAGGGAGAAAGAAGAACGAUCCAUGGAUGGCCUGAUACUCCAAGCCAGAAACGUCGCAGGGAACUGAGCAAGAGGCAGAGAAAACCGCGAGAGGAAAGGAAAAAGGGUGUGUGCAUGCUGCCGUUUGCUAACUGGAAAUCAAGGGUCUUGAGCUGCUUUUUGGCGUGGAAUCCUCGUCUAACUGGAAUCGACUACUGUGUAGGCUGCACGCCCAAGCAACGAGCUGGUCUGCAGCAAGAGCCCAGAACGUUCCUGAGGGAAACACAUUGCCGCCAGUCGGCUCCCUACCAGCACCUCCGCCUGACGGCCAUAAGAAUAGCCAUCUGGGAUUCAUUCCUCUCUCUCUCUCUCUCUACCAAAGCGGAGAGAAAACCUUCCUCUCCAGCCUGGGGACACUGGGACCUAAAUAAAUAAUCAGUCGUCGUUGUUCCGCAGUCGCCACCGCACCACCACUCGUUCCUGUAAGACCCGACCAUUUCCACCAACCACCCGGCUUUGCAUCGCCUGACCUCUCAGCGCUCGACUGUGCCUCGAAAGUGUGGGCCCAUCACAUCGGCUCCCCCUCGCCGAUAUCUCCUGAUCUUCACCUGAGAAUCCUGAGACGACUGCCCCUACCGCCCUGACCUCAGUGACCUGACC